AUCAGCUCCUCAUCAGUCUCUUCUAUAUACUCUAUAUGCCAAUAUCACAAUGCGUGUCUCUCAGCUCCUCGCAGUAGCGACUUAUGUCACCAGCGUCUUGUCCUGCGCAAAGCAUAACAAUCACUACUCCCUAAAGAACAAGAAGCGACACAUUGACCCUCGCGCCGAGCCUGGUAGUAAGGACUGGGCUUAUGAAGCAUCCUACAAUUGGGGUCGCAUCAACCCGGAUUACCAUCUUUGCCAAGAUGGAACACAGCAGUCUCCAAUCCCCAUUGCCCUCAAGCAAGGUCUCUCACUGGAACAUUUGAUCAAAGAGUGGAAUUAUCCAAGUGAGAUCACCGGUAAUUUCUUCAACUGGGGCUAUGGUCCUGCAUUUACCGUCCAGAACGAAGAUGAAAUCUGGACUCAGAACCCCUCCUUCAGCUUCGACAAUGAGACCGUUUACCUCAAAGGCUGGCACAUUCAUGCGCCCGCUGACCACACCGUUGAACGCCAUCGUUCUCGAGCCGAGCUUCAUCUCGUCCACGUCAAUGCGCAAGGCAAAGAACGCGCUGUCCUUGCAAUUCGUCUUGACCCAGGCAACAAAGCAAACAGCUUCUUGGACCAACUCCCAAAGAUGAUUGGCUUCAACGAAACAGACGUCAGUGAAGAGGCUACGCUCAACCAUAAGCUGCUUCUUGAGAGUGUUGAUUACUUUGAUGAAUUUUGGACUUACGAGGGAAGCUUAACAAGUCCCCCGUGCACUGAGGGUAUUCGCUUUUUCAUCGUGCGACAGAUUCUGUUUACAAGUGUGCAGCAGAUGCGGGAUAUUCUUGGGGCUUCGACUUAUAGUGCUCGUGAGGAGCAAUUGGUCUGGCGCCACCGUAUCAAUGUAUGAUAGGAAGUAGAUGUAGUUGAGAUAGCGCGAGGCUGAAUUAAUGGGGCAGCAUUACCCACCAUAACAUCAUU